AUGGCUGGGGAUGGGGACGGCGGCGACUGGGACGGGGACGGCGGCGGCGCCGACAUGGUUGGGGCAGGUGGGAUGUUCUUCUACGCCGAUGCAGAUGGCGCCGCUGAGCCGAGCAGCCUUCCCCAACCCACGUCGGCGCCGUCCCCGUCGCCAGCCGCGCCGGCACCACCCACCUCAUCGCCGACCCCCAUCUCCAUCCUCCUCGACGACCUCCUCCUCGAGUGCCUCGCCGGCUCCGCCGCGUCCGCCUCCUUCUCUCUCCUCGCUGCUCUCUCUCUCUCUCUCUCUCUCUCUCUCUCCCAUCUUGCCCUUGCUUGCUGCUGGAGCUCGAAGCCCACGCCAUUUUCGCGGCCGCGGGGGAACCCUAGCCCUAGCCGCGCCAGUGCGUGCGUGCGAGCGAGCGCCGCCGAUCCGAUCCGAUCCGCUUCGCCGCCCUAUGUGCCGAGGCCGUUCGAGGUAGGUGUCCCUCCAACUUCUACCUCAGCGCCCCUCUCCGUCGCAUCCAGGGACUCCGCCGCCGCCGCCUCCGAUCCCAGCAUCCUCGAAUCCGAUGGUAAAUGCAAGAAGCCAAAGGGUAAGCACAAGGUUGUACUAUUGGGCUUUUCGCGCAUCAAGAGAUUUCACUCUGUGGCAUACCUUCAGCAAAUAUGGUGCUUUGAAGUGGUUGGAGAGAUCGAUUUCAGCUUCCGUGUGUUAACCUACAGCUUAUACUUCAGGAUUCAUCUCGGGAGGUUCUACAAGCGAUUUGGACGCCGAGCUUGCAGCACUGAGCAUGUCCAUGGUUGGGACCAGAAGCCUGUUCGCUUCCAGCUCUCCACCUCUGAUGGGCAGCACUCAUUAUCUCAGUGCUCCCUGGGUGAGCCCGGGAGCUGGGUACUUUACCAUGCUGGCAAUUUUGUGGUCUCAAAGCCUGACCAAACAAUCAAGCUGAAGUUCUCGAUGGCUUAGAUUGAUUGCACACACACAAAAGGUGGGUCUUUGUGUCGACUCGGCGUUCAUAUACCCAAAGGGCUUUCAGCAGGAGAGGAUGGUGAGGUCUCAGAAAUGUAGAUGCUGACAAGGAACUUACAUUAGAUUGUAGACAAAUGCAGCUUGCAGCCUAAUUCUAUUUUUAAUCUGGGCUCAUGUAGACAAAGGUGUAUAUAAUUGUAGGCUUCAAUUUUGUGUGAUCGGUAACAUGGAUGUUCUCAUAUAAUUAGUGUCUCCUUGAUUGUGCUGA